GGAGGGCCUUUGGGCCUAUACACAUCUCCGUCUCUACCCAACAUCUGCCUACAGGGAAGCUCCAGCAGCCUCAGUGGUCAGUUUACCCCCCAGGAGGGGGCUGAACGCCAAAGCUUGAGGCCGGGUGGUCCUUUCCUCAGCACCACGACCCUUCCUGCCCUGGAUGGAGGGGAGCUCAGUUUAGGCGCACCAUCCCUCCUGCAGCAUGUCCUCCUAUUGGAACAAGCCAGGCAGCAGAGUGCCCUUAUAACAGUCCCAUUGCAUGGUCAGUCUCCCCUGGUGGGGGGAGAACGUGUGUCCAGUUCUUUACGGUCAGUCACAAAAGGCCCACGACAUCGUCCGUUGAGCCGCACACAGUCCUCUCCGCUCCCACAAAGCCCUCAGGCCCUUCAGCAACUAGUACUACAACACCAGCACUACCUAGACCAACAGCAGCUCAGCAAGACUGUGGAGGGAUUACGCCAGCCUCCCACCCACCCCGAGGAAACAGAGGAGGAACUGACUGAGCAAGAUAGUGGAGAACGGUGUCGUGCUGUGUUCACCUUGGAUGGAGGCACAGAGAGCGAGGAAACACAAGAAGAGGAAGAAGGAGGGGAUGACGAUGAUGAAGAC